GCUCGAUAGGUGCUGUGAACGGUGCUUUAGAUCUUCUGUCAACGAUGGUUAGGAAAGCGUGGGUUGUCCUCCUCUGGCUGCCAUGGCUGUCACCAUCGGAUGGCGCGGCCAUCAGCGUGUGCGCGAUGACUCUGGACCAACUCACCCGUGUCUACCUUUGCGCCCGACCUAUAAUACCUCAAAUAGUUAUUGACGUAUUCGACGCACAGAUCAAGGUAUUUCCUGGAAAGACCCAAGCAGAGGUGACACGGAUGGUGUGCAGUGCUGUAGACGACGACAGCGACCUAGUGUAUGAAGACUUCAUGGAGAAUUUCACGCCAGAUGUCAAAGCCAUCGUUUCAGCAGUUUUGCAGGAGUGCGAGAGGUCAGCGUGAAUAGCUGGCACGCCCGGUGGCCGCUGACGCAAGCCCAGGAGGAAGCUUGAUCACCGCCCUCUGCAAUAAACGUGGAACCACAAUUUC